AUGUCAGAGAGGAUGUACUACUGGGGCGCCGAGCGGAGCGCGGACCCCGACGAGACGUUCAUCGAGUUCUCGGCCAAGGGCGACUCUGGAGGCGGCGCAGGCGACGGCGGCAAGGGGGCGGCUGACGGGGCUGCGGACGCCGUGGUGUCCGCCCCCGCGGUGCUGCCCCCGCCGCCGACGCCUGCGCCGCCUGUGGGGGCGGAGCCGGCUGGCCGCGAGGACGACGCCGACCGCGGCGGCUGGGGGCACAAGCUGGACUUCCUAUUCUCCUGCAUCAGUGUCUCCGUGGGACUCGGGAACGUCUGGAGGUUCCCCUACCUCUGCUACAAGAAUGGUGGCGGAGCGUUCCUGGUGACGUACGCGAUCGCCAUGGUGUUCUGCGGCAUGCCCAUCUUCUUCCAGGAGGUGGCCAUCGGGCAGUACCUGGGAGCCGGCGGCAUGACACUCGUGGGGCAGCUUGUGCCCAUCCUGCAAGGCGUGGGCUACGCGACCAUGACGAUCGUGUUCUUCCUGGACGUGUACUACUGCAUCAUCAUCGCGUGGACGCUGUUCUACCUGAUCGCGACGUUCGUGCAGCUGCCCAGCCUGCCGUGGGAGGACUGCGACAACUGGUGGAAUACGCGCGACUGCAUUACGCCCGGCACGAACGCCACACUAGUGCACAACAGAACCAACCACACCGCCACCCCGGUGGAAGAGUUCUGGGACCGGCGCGUGCUGCAGGUGAGCACGGGCAUCGACGAGCUGGGCGGCCCUCAGUGGGAGCUGGCCGGCUGCCUGCUGCUCGCCUGGGUCCUCGUCUACCUCAUCAUCUGGCGCGGCCUCCACCAGAGCGGCAAGGUGAUCUGGUUCACGGCGCUGUUCCCGUACGCGGUUCUGGCGGUGCUGGUGGUGCGUGCAGUGACGCUGCGAGGCGCUGCCGACGGCCUGCUGUACUACGUGACGCCUCGGUGGGAGGAGCUGGCGUCGCCGGGGCCCUGGAUAGACGGCGCCACGCAGAUCUUCUUCGCCUACAGCAUCGGCACCGGCGCCCUGCCCGCGCUCGGCUCCUACAACAAGUUCCAUCACAACUGCUACAGGGACGCACUCAUCACGUGCGUGGUGAACACCCUGACCAGCCUGGUAGCGGGCUGUGUGACUUUCUCCAUCCUGGGCUUCGUGGCAUCCGAGAAGGGCGCGGAGGUGGCCGACGUGGUGCGUAGCGGGCCAGGGCUUGUGUUCCUCACCUACCCAGAGGUCGUGCUGCAGCUGCCCGGGGCACCCGCCUGGGCUGCGGUCUUCUUCUUCAUGCUCGUUACACUGGGCAUCGACAGUGAAUUCUGCAUUGUGGAGAGCUUCGUGACGGGGGUUGUUGACAACUGGCCUGAUACGCUGCGCCCGCAUCGCCGACGCUUCACAUUUGGGGUAUGCUGCCUCAUGUUGUUGCUGGGGAUCCCCAUGGUCACACAUGGAGGUGCAUAUGUCUUUCAGCUGAUGGACUUCUAUUCUGCAAGUGGAAUGUCUCUGUUGUGGGUGUGCUUCUUCCAGACAAUUGCUAUAUCCUGGAUAUUUGGUGCUGACAAGUUUUGUGACUGUGUGCAACAGAUGAUGGGUGUCAGGCCAGGUCGCUUUUGGUAUGCUUGCUGGGUUUUCUGUGCACCACUUGUGAUGCUGGCAAUAUUCUUGUUCUACUUUAUACAAUAUAAACCUGUUACAUAUGGCAAGGACUACACUUAUCCUGUGUGGGCAGAAGUACUGGGUAUUCUCAUCAGCCUUUCAUCUAUGCUGUGGGUGCCUGCUUAUGUCAUAUAUUACCUAGUCACAUCACCAGGGUCUGUUAAGGAGAAUUUAAUACGAGGCCUCAAACCAAAUAUUAAAUCACGCCAAAAGUUGCCUGCAGCCCAGAAGACAGCAGUUAUUCCAAUGUCUGAAAGCAGUGCUGGUUUGCUCACAAAGAACAGUUCAUUUCUUAGCCAACAAUAAAAAUGAACCUAGUUGCUGAAAUGUGGAAAUGAAUAAGUAAGUAACAUGUUUAAAACUCUAAACUCUUAGAGCUAUUAACAUGUGCAAUAAAAGAUGUGGUGAGUGGGAGCAUCAGCAUGAAAGUUAUGAGGCAGUGUUCAAGAUACUGUCGUUCAAGAUGAGCAAACUGAAAGCACAGCAGCUGUGAUUUGAUAAAAUUUACUACCAUAAAUAUUUGUCAUGAACUAUUACUAAAACACAAUGAAUUUUAACCACAGAGCAAACACACAUCAGAUAAAAGAAUUUGUUUAUUUUAAAUUAUUGUUAUGAGAUCGUAUGUUCAAUAAUAUUUAUGAUUUGUUCUGUAAAUAUCAGUCUGUGAAAUACUCAUGUAUUUCAGGUCACUGCUUUAAAUAGCAGUUAAUGAUAGUUUUGAGAUGGCAGCUGUUUAAAACAUUUCUUAAAUGGGGCAGUUUAUUUCUAAAGAGCACAGAACGUAUGUGAUUGGACUCAAUAGCAUAAUAAGUAUUGAAAUUCAGUUGAGAAUGUGACAAAGCAAGAGCUCAAAUGAAUUAAAAUUUUCUGUUGUAUUUUAACCUCUGGUGUGCUCAUCAGCAACCACAGACAUGUCAAAACAAACAUAAACCUCAAUUCGUACCUUAAACCAUAUGCAACAUAUUAAAGUGAACUCUCAGCUACUUGUUUUCCUUAUAUAGUAAUAUGUUAAAUUACUCAUUUUAGCUAUAAACUGUGUGAAAUUCUUUUCAAGUGUCAUCAGCAGCAUAUUUCAGUUACUACAAAAAAUAAAGUGAAAAUGAAGUCCUGCAAGAGAUUACCAAUGUUUGCCAAUGAGUUGUCAUUUAAUAUUUCAAACAUAAAGGCAGUAAAUCAUUUAUGUAAGUUUCAACUGGAAUAGUUUCCAAAUUUUUCACUUAUAAUGGUUCCAUCUGUGCAAAUGAAGAAUAUGAUUUCUGCACUAAAUGAUACUACACUAAAGUUUUUCUGUGACAAACUGAAGCUAUCAAGACCUCAUUCAGUGUUGAGGGAGAUAAAGUCCAAACUGUUGCCUAAAAUGUUCCGUUAGACAUAGGCAGUACCGAAGCUUGAACAUGAUAGCAGUGUCAUUUGAUUCUAAUUUUAAACAUUGUGAUAACUAAGGGGGGAAAAUGUACCUCACAACAGAGAACAAAACAUUAAAUUUUGAAUUAUUUGUAUUAAAAUAAUAAAGAAAGGUCAUAGAGACACUCACAUCCACUAUGUUUCUAGCACUGAUUUUAUGUCAAAAGAAUAAAUGCAAAUGUGAUUUUCAUGUCAAUAAUGCGAUUUUAUGUCAAAAGAAUAAAUGCAAAUGUGAUUUUCAUGUCAAUAAUGCAAAAAUUGAGAUCCAAAUGCAGAAAGACAAACCACAGAGAAUUUAGUGUAUGCUCAUGCUUGCUGGGUAAGUAGUUUGGGGAAAGCAUAAAGAUCUGUGAACUGUUGAUGUUUUUACAUAUUAAUUGAUCUACUUUGUACAAAAAUUAAUUUAUGAACUUCACUAUGUCAAGAACUACCAGAAAAUUUUUCCAUCACUUUCUUUGUGAAACUCCUUUACAUCAGACAGUCCAGUCUGUGUAAAUGAUGUUUUCACACAAUGUUUCAAUUAUAAUCUCAUAAUACUUCCAGGCCUCUACCAACACCUUGUCAAACUUUGUCACUUUUUUAUGUUGAUUAAUUUUAUACUAAAUUAUAUUUCUGGUAUCUGUCAUUAUUUAUAGUUAUCAAUAGAUUGAAACAAAUUUGAGCAACUGAGACCAUUAGUUAUGGACUGAUGACCCUGUAGUUUCAUCCCUUUCUCUCCAAAUCAACCAACCACUAGCUAUAAUUGCAAGAAAGAGGAAAAGAAAUUCGCAGUUGAUUUUCACAUCCUUUGUUAUAAUGAAAUUGAAGUAUCUCCAUAUAGUGGUGUAAAGUUUCAGUUGUGCAGAGGUAGUUGUUUAAUGUCACUAUCUCAAGAAAGUUUACAACACCUUACUUGCAGUUGACAUUUUCAAUCAGUUUCAGUUAAAAUCAAUGUUAUGUAAAUUGAAUAUUCUGUGUUAAAUGAACUACUUGUACCUAAUUAUCCCUUUUGAAAUUAAAAAUAAAAUAAUUAAUCUUCCUAGCCAUGUAAGUGAAGUUCUUAGUGACUGUUUCUGGAUUACUGCAGUCAGUGACAAAUAAUGCCCUUCUAAAAGAUGCUGCUCAUAUUUACAACAGCCAUGAAAAUUUUGUCUCUGGUACAAAUAUCAGUAAUGUGUCACAUGAAAUCAAUUUAGAUCUGGGACUAAUUGUUGUGAUAAGCUAAUUAAUUAUUAGAUGUAUGUGUAUGUAACUGAUACUCUGUUACUGAUAAGAGACCUUUAUAUUUCUUAAAACAUUACAUUUCACAGCGUAACUUAUACACUAUUCAUAAAACAUGAGAAUAUGAAUGAAGAAGAUCAUGUAUAACAAGUGUUUCCUGACAACUGCCUAUCAGUAUGUGAAUUUAACAAUAUAUGUUAAUGGGAUCUUUAACAGAAAUAAAUGCAAUAAGGGAAAGGAUGUGAGAGAUGCAAAAGAAGGGACAGUCACUACAUUCCUAGCAUUUGUUCCCUUGCUGUCAGAAAGACGAUAGGAAAAUGGAAAGGAAAUCAGGGUCCUCAUUUUGUAAGGAGAAAAGUUACUCCUGGCUUUAAUCAUGGAAGACAAAGUGCAGGAAAGAACUAAGAAGUAGUAAUCUUGUGAUUUCAUUCCUGCAUUGUGUCAUGUCUGAUUCUUUGUUCAGGGCAAACUUCUAUUUCUCACUAGCAGAUGUAAUCAGUUCGUUUCUGAACCUUUGUCUUUUUGUUAGUGUGUCCACUUUGUUGAUACGGUUUUACUAACAAUUAAGAAAGUGCUGUUCAGCGUAGUAUUUGGGUCUCAUAACUUCAAGUUAGUAAGCAACACAUAUGAGUGCUGCUGAGUAAGUAACAGUUACAUUUAUUUUCACAGUCAGUAGUUAUUUCAGUUUUGCAUGAAUGAUGUCCUAUAAAACAUGACUUACAACUGACAACCAAACUUAUUAAUGAAAGUCAUGGUAUAAAAAUAAAGAACAAUUGAUAUUAUAAUAAUAUUAUAAGUACUUUGCCAUAUUUUAUUCAUGGUACUUAUAGGGAAAGUGCAUCAGGAACUAAUGUCUUUUUUUUUUUUUUUUUUGUCCAUCAGGUUAAUUUCUAUAAGUUCUCAUAGAGUCAGUACAGCACACACUAAGAUCAUUUUCCUUACAAACAUCAAAGAGAUAGGCAGCUGGUUAAGAAUGUAUUUAAUAAAAACCAUGAUUUAAAACCAAACACAGAUGUUUAAUUAUCAACAUACUGUUACAUCUAAUGUUCAGAAACCACCAGAGUUGCCAGUUAUGAGUGAAAGAAGUUUUUUUUUUUUUUUGACAUAGGCUUGUUAAUAUCAAAUUAUAUUGUGAACAUACUAUGUUCAGUGGCAUAAGAAAACAGUACAUGUAAGAGAACAAUACAACUAAGUAUGAACUUGUUGAAAUGAAUUGCACAAGAAAGGCAGUAUGUGGUUAUCAGACCAGAAAUAAUCAUUCAGCUUCUGUACUGGUAAAGGAUAGAGCCACAGUUGUGUAACAAAUCAGCAAAACAUUUGUUAUAAAAAAAAAAAAGCAUCAGAGCAUCAGGUUUUGAUAUUUUAUUUGAGAUGUUUGUUCUUCAAGUUUGUGAAUAUCUAUUGAGAUAUUUUCAUGAAUAAAACUGCAUAUUAUUAAAUAUUUGAGGUACAAGAAACUGUAUUUGGUGAUGUUCAUGUAUAUUACGUGACUGUCUUCUAUUUUAAAUAGGAGUACAGGCUCAAGGUAUGUAAAUAAUGCUAAAGAUUUUUUGUGAGUGUCGCUAAUGCUGGGAGUAGAUGAUAAUUGACAUAGUUACUCCUGUGAAAAUGGAUACAGGAUAUAUUGCUAUUACAACCAUUAGUUAUGCCACACAAUCUGAUGUUAUUAGAGAUUACCAAGUAGUACACUUGUUAAAUCAGUAAUUUUCAUUUUUAUAUUCUUACUGUCCAGUUUCACAUAUGUGUGCUGCAUAUCAAUGCACUGUAAGUGUCAUAUUCAGUCAAAAACAUUUUAAUAACUUUAUGCUGAACUGAUAUGUACUACCAAAUUUGUGAAAGUAACAUGUUGCUUUAUAAAACUAUGUCAAACUUAAUGAUUGGCAGAACUUGAGAAUAACAAAGAAGAACUUAAUUAUAAUACAUGUUUUGCCUGUUUGAUGUAAAAUGCUUACUGAAACUUGUUAUUUCCAACAAUUACAAAAUCUAAGUACUGUUACAGUGCCAUAUUUACACCUGUGUAUAAUCUGCAUACCUUUCUUUAGCAGGUUUAACUAGCUUCAGUCAGCUGAAUGCAGUAGUGUGCAGUUAAGGAAAUGUAGGCUGAUGAGAAGUGAAAACAUGUUACUCUUCUCUAGCAAUUUUUGUACUGUAUCUGUUUUUCUUUAUGACUGAGCACCAAGUCCUCAGUUUACAUCAUUCAUUGCUGUAAAUUAUGGAUUUCCCUUUUGUUCUUCCUUAAACACACUGGCAGCGAUUGAUUCACUGUGUAUCUCUUAUAAAAGGCCUCUUACAAGUAUCUUUUGCAGUAGUUCACAGAUUAAAUACUGUACUAUCUUUGACAGUCACCAUUUUUUCCAUAUCAGAUAUCUUGAUUUCAGUCUUAAAUGAGGAAAAAUAUGAAAUUAUUACUUUAUAUUUUCCUUAUCCUACUUUUCUGUAUUCUUUCCCUUCUUUUAGCAUACCAGAUUUCUUUUCCUAAAAAAAAAAAAGUGCUUAACGUUUCUAUUGCUGUGUGAGAAUAUGAGUUUACUGGAUGUCAUUGCCCUUAUUGUUAGAGAGAAAAUGGCUGAGAGCUACAUCUGAAUGCACUGGGUUCGUAAUUACUCUUUUUCAUUUCUCUAUUAUAAACAUCUGUUCUAUACUUAUUGCUCAGAUAAAGUAUUAUAAAUAAUGAUUUGCUCAAGCUGCUCUACAAGAAGACAAAAAUCAUAGCAUGAAGUAUUCUCUUAUCUUUAUUUAUCUCCACUCAUAACAGAGGAAUAUCACUGUUAGUAAAUGCCGCUAUUAUUUAAGCAAAAGGCCAAAUUUUAGCCAUUGUCAUGUUAACUCCUGAAACAAAAGGAUUUGCUAACUAAUUCAUUGCUUUAAUGCAGUAUUAAUUAUGACAGUUGAUUUAAGAAAAUGAUGCCAGUAUUGGGCUAGUGAUAUUAUAUCAUAUAUACUAUAAUUUUAGAAUUAAAGAACUAUUGUGACAGAUGUCACCAAUUAACAUUUACUAAUAAAUGCAGUAUUAUUGAAGUAUUAUCACAAUUGUUGUAAAUCUGUUUUGAAGAUUAGUUACAUGUGUGGCAAAUAACAUUUAAUUACUUUUGUGUCACUUUUAACUCCACUAGAAAAAGUGCUAUGAAAGUCUUCCUUUAGUUUGCUACUAAAACUUUUCUCAAAGAGUUCUGAAGAAUUAUUAAAUGUUGCUGUAAGGAAAUAAAUUUUUAGUUUGGAAAUAAAAUAUUUAUACACCAGAAACAUGUUAACUAGAAGGAUUUGUACUGUAACAUUUGUUUACUGUAUAUGAGUUUGUCUGUAGCAUGUAGAAAUUAUGUUAAUGGAACAAGAAAAUAAUAAAGGAGUUAGUGGCUGGCUCAUUAACUCCAUUUAGACAUUAGUCUUAGUCUAGAGUAAAAGACCAUUUCAAGUGUACAUAAGUAAAACUGAAAAGAAUUCUGGUUGAGUAAUAAAUGUUGCAAUGUUUAGGUCAAACAGGAACUUUUCUACUAAAUUUUUGCUGUAUGUACAAAGAAAAUAAAACAAGAAAAUAGUUCCUUAUUGGCCUGACAAAUCUGGAAAAUGUAGACACCACAAUGAAAAUACGUCUACUGAUUAUGUAAGGAGCUUUUUUAUGUAGCAAAAAUAUAGGUAUUUAUCAGAGCAUUUUCCUCUGGAGAAAUGUCUAUAAUGAGGGAAGGAGACUUAUGUAUUUGAUAGUGUCUCUUCUGACUAUGCUUUACAAUUACGUUGCCCUGUCUCUUCUACAAAAGGAGUUUCUGCUGCUCCAAAAAUAUAGUGUAAUGUAUGUUUUCUGCGUUUUCCAGGCAGUAUUUACAAAGAGAAAAAAAAUGUGUGCAGCUUCCAGUAUUUUAGGUGUUGUGUGUCUGAGCUUAUGAUGUGCCAUGAUUCAAAUUAACAUUGAUGAAAUUACAUUUUAUAUGGAAAAAAUUGUCAGUGUUGUGUUUGAAAUAUAAUGAUAUUAAAC